UUCUAAAAGGUUAGGUUAGAAAGUACAACGAUUGAAUGAUUACAUGUUUAUUAUAAAUAUUUACUAAUUUUUGUAAUGUACAGACUUUUAGUUGCUGAAUUAUUUUAAGAAGAUAUUGUUUUGAUAUAAAAUGUCUGAAUAUGAUAGAGUAAGAACAGGGAAACUUGUUUUGAAGGGAGAAAAAAUAAGAUCAAAAAAACGGAAAUUGAAGAAAGAAGAGACCAGGGAAAACGUUACAAUUGAUAAUGAAGAUACUAAGCUUCAUGGUGGGUGGUGGAAAACAAGUAGUGCAAAAGAAAUCACGGGUACAGUAGCUAUUGAAUUUGGAAAACAAACCUAUGUAAAGGCUCUUGACAAUGGGCUUUUUACACUUGGAGCUCCUCAUUCAGAUGGAGAAGGCCCUUGCCCAGAAGAAAUUUUAACAGCAUUUCGUAUAAGUGAUAAUUUAAUAGCUUUAAAAUCUGGAUAUGGUAAAUAUCUUGGUGUUGACAAAAAUGGUGUUGUUGUGGGACGCAGUGAUGCAGUAGGUGCAAUUGAACAGUGGGAACCAAUUUUUCAAGAUGAUAAACUUGCUAUAUUAAGUAAUACAACUGGAAAUUUCAUUUCAAUAACUGAUGAAGAUGAUGUUAUUUGUCAAAAUAAAACAGCUGGUUCAUUAGAAUAUGUUACUAUAAGAAGUAUAAUAGAACGUGACAAUAAACCUAAUAAAGAUAUUCCAAAAGAAGAAGUGGGUUCUCUUGCUGAUGUAGAAGUAAACUAUGUACGUAAAUUUCAAAAAUUCCAAGAUAAAAAAUUAAGAAUAAACAAAGAAGAUCGAUCUGCCUUAGAAAAAGCUAAAACAGAUGGAAAUUUACAUGAAGCAUUACUAGAUCGAAGAAGUAAAAUGAAAGCUGAUCGUUACUGUAAAUAAAUUAUUGCAAUGUAUUAUAAUUAUAAGAUAAUAUUCAUAAUAUUCAUAUUAACUUCUCGUACAAAUAUUAAAUAUAUUCAUACAUUUAAUAAGAAUAUAAAACAUUUUUAAUUAUAAAAUUAAUUCAGAAUACAUAUAUUUUACACAAGUACAUAUGAUCUGUUGUAAAGUAUUUAUAACAAUAUAAUGCAGUACAAAUAUAUAAAUUACAUAAUAGUGUACUAUUAUUGUAUUUAAGUUAACAUAAUCAUAAGGAUUUACUGUAUUGUAAAAUAUAUAAGUUUAUAAAAUGAGACAAUAGACGACGCAUGAUAGGAACAGCGUUUCCCGUAAUUCAUAUUUUGUCCAUAGCUGUCGCUGAAGUCACACGCUUCGAACAAAAGAUAGUGAACAGCCUUAAAUAAUCGAAAUACGAAAUUCCUGAUAUUUUAUAUUUUGAGGUUGGUCGCACCGAUUUAUAUUCGCGAUCAGUUAACUCCAUCUAUGAGGGAGAGAUCAUCACUCGACGUUGGUGAUGUCGCAAAGAAAUUUUUAAGAGAUGGAGCUAAACGAAACAUAUUAAACUAUUCCUGAAUAG